AGUUUAGCAAAGACCAGGGAAUUCAGGCAGAUGUUUUAUUUCUAGAGUAGGGUUGGUUUAAAUAUAGUUAUUUAUUUGAAAUGUCAAACAACUAUUUAGAUGCUUUUUAUUUGCAUAUUUCGCAUGGUAUUGAGGUGAAAUGUUGUCACAGUGCCUGAUUUUUAAAUACGGAUUUUUGAUUUGGAUAUAUUCUAGUAAGUGUCAUAUUUUCCAAACAACCUACAACAGGUUGACCAUUUUUAGACACAUUCCAGGCAAUGACGGGUCCAGAAACUCACACAACUGCCACACCAAGUCUCCAAAUCGCAAACAGGCGAUGGAAUCUCGAAAUGUAUUUGAUUGAGCGAUAGAAAUUUUGGUGAGAGAUUUCAGGGAUUUACGGUACUGUGGUGGCAGUAGUUUAGCUGUGGACUAAUGCGCCGUAAGAAAACAAUGCAAUCCUACCUUUUUAACAUAUAUUUGGUAUUGCUCGGGAAAAGUGACUGUUUCAUGUGUCACUAUUUCGAAAACUGCACAUGCAGUCUCUUAUUUAGGAUGUCAUUUUCCAUAGUGGACGGAUAUAGGCACAGUCAGCAACGGAUUUGACAUACACACGUACCUUAUUUUCAAACCUUGCCCACGCUCCAGCCUUCUUUGCCGGUGUGCGCACACAGCACACCCGCCUCCUCAGCCGCCUCUCCGGUUAGUCCUCCCGGCAGUCAGUCUUUACUCGUCCGGUGCUGAAGAGCGAGUCGGAGGGGCUUCGGAUGACAGCGCCGAGAUGAGGUCGGGCAGAUGACCGCCACAUUCCCCGCUGGUCCUGCGCAAGCCAGGGGUAUCCGUUUUCUGGGAACGGACGACAAUAAUACAAAAACAGGUUGUAGCCAAGGCUACUACAGUUUUUCUAAAAAAAAAAAUGAUUGAUUGAUUUAUUAUCUCCAGAGGAAUCAGAGUUCUGGGUGUGCGAGCUGUUUGGGACGUUGCUUGUAACCUGGUAUUGCAUAAGUGUGUUGCUUGUUUGGAUAUUAGGAGAGUCUUCGUCUUUGAACUACCAUGGCCAGCGUGAAUAACUCAAAGAAUCUGCGGGACAGUGACAUCCAGAAGAAGAUAGACCAUGAGAUCCGGAUGCGUGACGGGGCCUGUAAGCUAUUGGCUGCGUGCUCCCAGAGAGACCAGGCCCUGGAGGCAGCCAAGAGCCUGCUCACCUGCAACACCCGCAUCAUGGCCUACAUGUCAGAGCUGCAGAGGAUGAAGGAGGCCCAGGUCAUGCAGAGGGUCGCACGAAGGUCAGAUGGCACAAGGUCAUCAGAUGCAGGGCCCAUGGACGACAGACUACCCUGUAAGGGUAAGGUGGCCAUCUCAGACCUGCGGAUCCCACUCAUGUGGAAAGACACAGAGUACUUCAAGAACAAAGGAGAGCUGCAUCGGUGUGCAGUGUUCUGUCUGCUUCAGGUGGGAGGGGAGAUCCACGACACAGACAUGGUGAUGGUGGACCGGACACUCACCGACAUCUGCUUUGACAACACCAUCGUCUUCAGCGAGGCCAGCCCGGGCUUUGAGCUGCGAGUGGAGCUAUACAGCUGCUGUUCGGAGGAGGACUACUCGGCAGGGAGCGCGCCCAGGAAACUAGCCAGCAAACUGAGCAGCUCUCUGGGCCGCUCGGCAGGAAAAAAGCUCCGUGUUGUCAUGGACCCUGGAGCCUGCAGCCCCACCAGCAAUGCAGGGGCAGCCACACUGCUGCUACCUGGACCCGCAGUGGCGGGACCUAAGUACCACCUCCUGGCCCACACAUCCCUGUCACUGUCACAUGUCCAGGACAGCUUCCGCACUCACGACCUCAGCAUCUCAGGCAACGAGGAGUGUUCGUACUGGGUGCCUCUCUACGGCAGUGUGUGUUGUCGCCUGGCUGCCCAGCCUCACUGUAUGACCCAGCAGAUGAUGAGUGGCUGCUUGAAGGUCAAGCAGUUGGGAGGUGACCCUCAGAGUUGGACGAAUGUCUACGGCGUCCUUAAAGGGACAAACCUUUUCUGUUACCACCGGCAAGAGGAUAUGGAGGCUAACGUCGAGCCAGCAUUUACCAUCGCCAUCAACAAAGAGACGAGAAUACGUGCGUCAGAGAAAGACCCCCAAAGUAAGGCCCAGAGCAUCUGCAUCAGUAACCAGUACGGGGGAGAGGAGGUGACACACACACUCUCGGCAGACAGUCGCGAAGAGACACACCGCUGGAUGGAAGCCUUCUGGCAACAGUUCUGUGACAUGAGCCAAUGGAAGCAGUGCUGUGACGACUUGAUGAAGAUUGAGCUGCCAUCACCCCGGAAACCAGCCCUUGUCACGUCGAAACAGGGUUCUCUUUACCACGAAAUUGUUAUUGACACCUCUGAUGACAUCAGCACGGUGACAGACAUCCUGACGCGGCGGAUGCAGGAGCUGGAGCUGAGGAGCCAGCUGGGGACCUCUCCUCCCUGGAUGUCCCUGUUCGAGGAGUCUCCUGGUGGCCCCCGCACCCCUCGGCUGGCCCGCCACAGCCCCCGCUCCCCCCACCGCCUCCCCCACAGCCCACUGAGCUCCCUGCGCUGCCCCUGGCCAGGCCUGCUCUCCUCAGAUGCCAGCCUGACCUCUGACAGCGACAGCCCCUGCAGCACCAGCCCCUGCUCCCGCCACAGAGGCUGGGCCGAGCCCCUCUCCCUCUCCUCCCCCCGCUUCCGCCCCCGCACCCUCUCCCUGGAUGCCAAGCUUAGCACUCUCAGGGGCAGGGGGUAUGGGGGGGUGUUACAGUGCUCCUGUCAGCCCCCUUCCUCCUCCUCCCUUGCCCCCAUCCCGGCGCAAUGCGUCCCCCAGGCCACCUUGUCCUGUUCCAGCUCCACCUCCAGUAACAGCUCCAGCGAGGGAAGCCACAGCCCCUCCUCAUUGGACGGUACCCCUUUCUCACGCCCCUCCUCGGCCCGCCGGAGCCUCAGGAACUUGAGAGCCAAACUGGAUCCCCGAAAUUGGCUCCAGAGCCAGGUAUAACCCACCUCAGACCCCCACAUCAUCCAAAGUCCUGGUAAGAACUGGCGGGAAGGAAGCCAGUCCCUCAGUUGAAAGAGCCCUGGUAUUAACUGGAAUUACUUUAGACUAAGGACAGGAGACAUUCUGCGUCAGUAUCAAUGGUCCACAGAACAUGGGAGUCUUCUGCUUCCCUUUCGAAUGGUAAUGCUGGUUAGGAAAUUGAAGAGUUUUUUUGUUGAUGAUAUAAACGCAAUAUCUCUAGGCUCUGCGCAUCUGAAAUCUCCAACUGGAAAGGGCAGCAUCUGUCAGUCAAAGACGAGAGUUUCCUCGUCAGUCAUCCAAGCCAUUACACCCCUCAAUAUGAACAUGAUUUCAUAGCAUCUUGUUAGUUCAGCUGCGGUAUUUACUUACUAUAUGUGCUGUAUUUGUGUUUGCAGUGUUUGGGCAGGGCAGUGAGCGUGUGGCCAAGUGAACUGUCAGUGUAUGGGAAUGUUUAGUGUCUGUGGUCAUGGGGUUGUUGUUACCUGUACCAAAAAGGCUCACUGUGAUCUAUCCAAAUGACUAGACCCAUCACUUGUAUUAUGAAUUAAUGCCUAGAAGGAACAAGUAUAUUUAUGUACCGAUUUGCUUAUUGCAUGUUUGUGCUCAAAGACGCAAAGAAUGCGUUGCCGGAGAUCUUAACUGCUCAGGCGGUGAAUGAAUUGAAAGCUCAACUUAAUGCAACAGUUCUCCCAAUAAUUUACUGUACUACUUGUUCCUACUGUGAUAACAUCAGGGUCACAUCGAGCUUCUGCAAGGUUCCUAGAACCUCCCCUGCAUUCAUUAACACAUUGUAGGCCUACUAUACAAGAACCAAUAUUUAAAGAUUUAUGUUAAUCACUUAUGGAGUAAAUUUAUAAUGAAUUGAAGUAAGCCAAUGGUAACGUACUACAUAAUCACGAGAACCCAUAUUAACUUGUUACACUGCCUCGUUGCAGUAUUGCGUGCAAAUGUACUGACUUUGAAAUCUGGGCCGGCCCCUACAAAAUCCCCUAGAGUUAAGUUGAAGACCUAGAUGGUUUUUGGAAUGGAGAGGCAUACGCUUUGGGUGUCCUUGUUAAUCUUUAAUACGCCCCUACUAGCAGGCAAGGAUUUCCUCACAAACGAUACUCUGUUGAUGAAACCAAUACUCUGCAUGGAGAACAGUGUUGCUAGGGGGUUUAAAUCCCAUGCUACAGCUCGUCUCAGUUCAAGGGUAUUUUAAUGUCAUCCAACUCAGUUAGGUUGGCAAAUGUUAUGUAUUUGAGAAUGUAGAAACUGGGAAUGCACAUACAUGGGUGAAGAGUUUAGAUAUCCCACCUUUGACCUUGUGGAUUUAUAGCAUAGUUAGUGGUACAAUCGUAACCUUAUGGCCUGAAAACCGGUCCCAGAAUUCACACAACACACACACACACACACACACAGUACCAGUCCAAAGUUUGGACACGCCUACUCAUUCUAGGGUUUUUAUUUAUUUGUACUAUUUUCUACAUUGUCGAAUAAUAGUGAAGACAGCAAAACUAUGAAAUAACACAUGGAAUCAUGUAGUAUCCAAAUCAAAAUAUAUUUUAGAUUCUGCAAAGUAGCCACCCUUUGCCUUGAUAACUUUGCACACUCUUGGCAUUCUCUCAACCAGCUUCACCUGGAAUGCUUUCUUGAAGGAGUUCCCACAUAUGCUGAGCACUUGUUGGCUGCUUUUCCUUCACUCUGCGGUCCAACUAAUCCCAAACCAUCUCAAUUGGGUUGAGGUCAGGCGAUUGUGGAGGCCAGGUCAUCUGAUGCAGCACUCAUCACUCUCCUUCUUGGUCAAAUAGCCCUUACAUAGCCUGGAGGUUUGUUGGGUCAUUGUUAUGUUGAAAAACAAAUGGUUGUCCCACUAAGUGCAAACCAGAUGGGAUGGUGUAUCGCUGCAGAAUGCUCUGGUAGCCAUCCUGGUUAGGUGUGCCUUGAAUUCUAAAUAAAUCACUGACAGUGUCACCAGCAAAGCACCCCCACACCAUGACACCACCUCCAUGCUUCACGGUUGAAACCAUACAUGCAGAGAUCAUCCGUUCACCUACUCUGCUUUUCACAUAGACACUGCAGUUGAAACCAAAAAUGUACAAUUUGGACUCAUCAGACCAAAGGACAGAUUUCCACCGAUCUAAUGUCCCUUGCUCGUGUUUCUUGGCCCAAGCAAGUCUCUUGUUAUUAUUGGUGUCCUUUAGUAGUGGUUUCUUUGCAGCAAUUAGACCACGAAUGCCUGAUUCACGCUGUCUCCUCUGAACAGUUGAUGUUGAUGUGUCAGGUACUUGAACUCUGACGUAUUCAUUUGGGCUGUAAUCUGAGGUCCAGUGAACUCUAAUGAACUUAUCCUCUGCAGCAGAGGUAACUCUGGGUCUUCCAUUCCUGUGGCGGUCCUCAUGAGAGCCAGUUUCAUCACAGCACUUGAUGGUUUUUGCAACUGCACUUAAAUGUUCCGCAUUGACUGCCUUCAUGUCUUAAAGUAAUGAUGGACUGUUGUUUCUCUUUGCUUAUUUGAGCUGUUCUUGUCAUAAUAUGGACUUGGUCUUUUUCCAAAUAGGGCUAUCUUCUGUACACCACCCCUACUUGUCACAACACAACUUACUGGCUCAAACGUAUUAAGUUAAGAAAUUCCACAAAUUAACUUAACAAGGCACAACUGUUUAUUUAAAUGCAUUCCAGGUGACUACCUCAUGAAGCUGGUUGAGCGAAUGCAAAGCUGUUAUCAAGGCAAAGAUUGGCUACUUUGAAGAAUAUAAAAUAUAUUUUGAUUUAACACUUUUUUGGGCUACUACAUGAUUUCAUAGUUUUGAUGUCUUCACUAUUAUUCUACAAUGUAUAAAAUAAAGAAAAACAUUGGAAUAAGUAGGUGUGUCCAAACUUGACUGGUACUGUAUAUACAGAACAUUGCAAUUGAUUAUGCAAGUAGGCAAUACAGGAAUUACUGAUCUAUAGCAAAUAUUGUGUUGAGCUUUUUAAGAUAGUGCAGUCUUUUACCUACUUAGAAAUGCCAACCAGGUGAUUGUAGUAGUUGUUAAAUUAUGAUAAGGUGGGCAGGGGUAAGUGUGGUUGGCCCCCCUGGUCUAUGCAUUUAAGCCUAUCAAUCCCUCCAUGUCUCUUUGUUUAUGAUGGACUGUAGGCUAUGAUAUGUUACUGUGUUCCAAGGGCUCACGGCUGGCUCACUCAGUUUCUCAUUAAAACAACUGUAAAUGCUUCAAAGUGGCAUUUGUUACUGUAAAGGUUUUUUGUAAGUUAACAAAACUCAUUUCUCCUUUUUGUUAAAAUAUAUUUUACAUGAUUGAUUUUGUUAUAAAUACAGCUCUAUUGAUAUUACUUUAACAGUCGAUUUCAGAUCUAUAACUGCAUCCGGUAGAUAACAUUAAAUGUUAACCAUGCAAGUGUCCUGUGUUUAAAAAUGUAACAUAACGAUAAUAAAUGAUUUGUCAAUUUAGAA